GUGUGUGUUCAGGUCUGGAGAAGAAGACGCAGGUCCUGCAGCCGACGGAGAAGAAGACGGUGGCGUUUCACGAGGCGGGGCACGCCAUCGUGGGCUGGUUCCUGGAGCACGCAGACCCCCUGCUGAAGGUGUCGAUCAUCCCGCGGGGGAAGGGUCUGGGCUACGCUCAGUACCUGCCCAGAGAGCAGUACCUGUACAGCAAGGAGCAGCUGUUCGACAGGAUGUGCAUGAUGCUGGGAGGGAGAGUCGCUGAGCACGUGUUCUUCGGGAGGAUCACUACAGGAGCUCAGGACGACCUGAAGAAGGUCACUCAGUCUGCGUACGCUCAGGUGGUGCAGUUUGGGAUGAGUGACCGGGUGGGCCAGGUGUCCUUCGACCUCCCCAGGCAGGGGGAGAUGGUUCUGGAGAAGCCGUACAGCGAGGCCACGGCAGAGCUCAUCGACUCUGAGGUCAGAGAGCUCAUAGAGAGAGCCUAUCAGAGGACUCUGGAGCUGGUGACUGAGAAGAAGGAGCUGGUGGAGCUGGUGGGCCAGCGCCUCCUGCAGAGGGAGAUUCUGGACAAAGCGGACAUGUUGGAGCUGCUGGGGCCGCGGCCCUUCGAGGAGAAGUGCACCUACGAGGAGUUUGUGGAGGGGACGGGGAGCUUCGAGGAGGACACCUCGCUGCCUGAGGGUCUGAAGGACUGGAACCAGGAGCGGGUGGUCGAGGAGGAGACAACAAGCCCCCCUCAGGUCAAGCAGCAGGCCGUGUAGAGCAGGGAGCAAAACAAGCGCUCCCUCCCCUCCACAGGACAAGCAGCAGGGGGGAAGAGAGACACUGACUACUGAACGCCUCAAUGUGCUGCGUUUGCUUCAGCUGAUAGUUCAGAUCAUUCAAAUCCACUUGGGCCGGGUCUCAAUCUUCUUCUUCUUCACAGAAGACCUCGUGGAUUUUAAUUUGGGAGGGAGACUCGUGGAUGUUUUCCAGGUAUCGCUUCACUUUGAUUCACCACACUUCACAGACACUUCUACAGUAAAGAUAUGGAUUCAUUUCGGGGGUUCCUGCUUCAAAAAAGUCAUUUAAGAGCUUUAAUGAUUAAUUCAAGGAUGUAAAGAUGAGCGAAACAAGCGCUCCCAUCCAACCUGCUGCAGUAACACUGACUGGGUUUCCACAGCUGGGGAGGAGGAACACUGAACGCCUCAACGUACUGUGUUUGCUUCAGGUGAUUAGUUCAGAUAAAGACGAUGUUAAAUAAUAAAUAAAAUAAUAACUAAAUCUAAUCCAGCAAGAUCUCCAUAUCCUCAACUCUCGAUGAACGCACGGGUCUGAUGGACUUCUGGGACGGAGACUCGUGCGUAUUUUCCAGUUAUCGAGUUUUUAAGUGUGUUAUUUCAAACUGAAAUCACUAAAGCCAUGACAGAAACAUCUUUAUUAUAUCAGUGCAGCGUAUAUGAAGUUACUGCGGCUUUCCUGUGGAUUUAUUUCAGGUCUUAAACGUCUGUGUUUCAAAGAAAGUAAAUGAAGAGCGUUUAUUAUUCCUCUAAGCGAACAAGUAGAGUCUCUAGAAAUUCCUCUGAACGUGGACUUUAUUUAAAUCCCGCUGCAUCAGUUUCCUCCUCAGUCCGACAGGAAGACGCAGACUGCACUGCGUGGAGGUUUCUCUUUUUAUUUAUGGAAUCAAAGGCGAGUUUUGCCGCUCGGCGGCGACGCCCCGGAGGUGUGUUUUAGACGUGUAAAAACGUUGAGUUGAUUUGAGUUGUUUUCUGUUUUCACUCCAAGCGACGGAGGUUUUCUGUAGAAACCGCUCGAUGCUGGGACGAUGUGUAUGUUUGUAUUGAUUUUGUGCAAAAAUCUCAAGUAAAUAAUAUCCAAUAUACAUAA